AUUCUCCUACUUUUUCCUCUUAAUAGGAAAUGCCACUUAUUUUGCGAGCGUCGCUCGCCUCUGUCGUUUGCCCGUCUGCGCCCUUUCUCGCUCCUCGUCUUCUUCGCAGACCGGCGCAUCUUGCUGCCGCUCAUCCUUUCGGCAUCACCAGCUGGACAUGUCUCCAGCGAUCAGCCCUCACUACAAAGCGUGACAACAGGCCGCGCAGGGAUCCAAAGAAGAGUCGGGACUCAAAGAAAGGUGGCAAGCCGCCUAACGAGACUCCAUGGAGUGAAAAGCGAAGACUCGAGGACGAACAGUUCAGAGCACAGCUUGCUGCAAUAGAUGAGUUCAUGCAUGCUUGCAGCAUUCGAGAUGCCCGCACAGCCAUGUAUAUGUACCCGGAGGUUCUCGACAUCCCACUGUUGAGCCGCGAACACACCCGUCGCUUAGCGCAAGCACUGCACGCAUUCGUCCGGAUCGAGACCAAAGCGUUAGAGGAAAGGGUCCGCAAGGUCCGUCUCCUACUUCCUUUUCUCGAACGCUUCACGGCGGACAUACGAGCGGGAAAAUGGCCUCCUCAUCCCGCUGCCUUCGUACACAUUCUCGGACUAUACAAGGAGGGAAAGUGCUAUGAAGAAGGCCGUAAAUUCUGGCUGUGGCUAGUAGAACAAGAUGACACAUAUGUGGACCAGGCCGUCUAUGGUGCCGCUAUUGAGCUCCUAGCCUACCGCGGCAAGGACAGCCUGCAUACGCUGGAAGAACUAUAUCACGAUGCUCUGAAGCGCUUUCCUGGAACUUUCGCUGAAUACCAUCUCUCGCCAGAAGCCGUCGUGCCAGAUCGUGCACAACCAACCAACAUCCCAGGCAUACCCAUGGCCUUGCUACAAGGCAUUCUGACAGUCCGCAUUCUAAAUCGGGAUUGGAAGAACGCCUACCUAGCACUAGACACAGCACUUAGACUAUAUCCGACGGCCGUACCCCAACGUUUCUUCGAAGUCUUCAUGAACGAACGACCCAUGUCCGAAGCUUACACCAUCUUUCUGUUGGCAUGCCGUGCCGGCAUCGUCUUCAAGCCCAGCCACCUCACCAGCCUCAUCUCUACCAAGCUGCGACCAGCCAUGCGCAAAGUCGCGACUCUUCACGAACGAGCGCUCCUAGUCCGUGGCUCUGCCAACGCAAUCUACGCCUACCUAGAAGCAGGAGGCACUCUCGAAGCUUUCCACGUCUCCACUUUCCUCAGCACCUUCCAUCACCUCCUACCCUUACAGCUGGGUGAAACCUACAGCCCCAAAGAGGAGAGAAUCAGGAACUUAAUAGUCGGGACUGCGCAUAAAAUAAUCACCAUGCUCAUCCAAUCUGGUCUGCCGCCCAGCCCUCAAGUAUUCAGCGCUUUGAUCAACCUAGCAGCUGAAUUUCGAGUCCGGGAAUUACUCGACCUCGCGUUAACCGAUAUGACGACGUCCGGUGCAGAUAUCAGGGAAGUGGAAAGGAGAGUCAUCAUCAAAGCUGCGGGACUUUUCAAAGACAAAGAAUUGUUGGAGAAGUACUGGGCCCAGGUGUCUGCACGUGCGGAAUCGGAAGGCAACCUGAUCAGUCGGCUAGAUUGGAUAGCAUUCGCGAAGGCAUGUAGACAGGCGGGCUGCCCCGAUCUUUUCCACAAAGAGCUUGACGGACUCCGACAUGCUAUUGAUAGUGGGACCGAGGAGAAUGCACUGAAGAUUUUGAAUAGGAAAGAACUCCCUCCAAAAGCGCAGCGGGACGGACCUGGAGACGAGAACAAGUUUGCGAGGGAAUUUGAAGAGGUGGAGAGGAUAAUGAAGAACGUAGCUGCAGUGACUAUGGCGGGCAGCCCUCUCGAUCUCAAGAAAACGCCCUUUGAUAUGUUUUUGGAUGUACACAGGGAGCCUAUUGCUACAGAGGAGGACCUGCGGUCUGUAUAUGAUGAGUUGACCACGGACCCACAUCAGCCGGAACUUCCCAACCGGACCGCCAAUGUUUCCGUCAGCCCUACCGGGAUCCCACUAGAGGAAUUGAGGUUUCAGAACUGGGUCACCAUUGUAGAGUUGAUGGCUGAUGCGGAGGCGGAGGAGCGGUCGUUUCAAAAACAGGUGGAUGAGGCGAUGAGGAGAGGCGAGCCUCUGGAUGCAGUGAUGCGGCCGCUGACGUUCAGAAGGGGGAAGAAGGAGGUGGAAGAGAUAUGGGGGGUUGCACAGGGCCAGGAGUACCAGGAGGGGAGGAUGCCGUCGCGGCUCAGACUCCUCAAGACUGUCAUGAGAUUGAGGGGACCCUAUGUGGAGAGCCCUUACCAAUCGGUAGCUUUCAGGAAAGUGGAGUUGGAAGAGCCACAAAAGGCAGUGAAACUGGACGAACGGGUGACUGAGACGAUGAAGGAGGAGGGCGCAACGACGCUGGAGCCAGAGAAGAACGUUGAGCAAGGUGUUCCAGCCCGAGCGCUAUUCCAGCCGACACCCUCGCUAAGGUUCUGGCUGAUGAUGAACGCCAAGGGGUAAUGGCCCUUCACAUGGGUAUUCAAUGUGUGUAUCUUUGUAUCGGAACUUGUAUUCAUAGAAAAUCGGCGCAGUGUGGAUCUUGGGGCCGAUGAAAUAAAAGGAUACCACGGGUGUUUCUGCAUGAU